UUUACCAUUUUAGAGCAAACAAAAAAUAGCUGUUUACCUUCUUGUAAUUUUUAUCACACUAGUGAUCGGGAAAUGUCGUUUAUAUUGCAAAGAACGUUCAAUCGCAGCAUUUUCAGUCUAUUGAAACAAAGUUUCCCCCAAGUAUCGUACUGUUGCUUAGAACGUUCAACCUAUUUGUUAGAUCAUCAUCGAAGCUACGUCGGUUUAGCCGUCACGUCGACUGAAGUAUUACACAAUCAAAAUAUCCAGUUGCUGCGAUUUAAAUCGAAAAAAGCUAACCGAAAGGAACAGUCCGGUGGUGCCCAUGAGAAGGAUGAAGACGACGACGAUGAUGAUGACGACCAUCAGUUGGACGCUUAUGAUGAAUUGGUGACGGACAAACACACGAAGCUGGUGAAAACCAGCGUCAGUUCGCUGCGAGCGGAUUUAAUCCUGAAAGCAGGACUAGGCAUAGCUAGGAACAAAGUAGAGAAUCUGUUCUAUGAAAGUAAAAUUCGAGUCAAUGGCCGGAAACUGCUCAAGAAGAGUACCGUGCUGGACGUUGGCGACGAAAUAGACGUUGUCAAAGGAACCAGUCCUACCAACCCGGAUCAUUUGAUAGUGUCUCGUGUGGAGAUUCUUGGCGUAACACCAAAGAGCGAAAGCAUUUCUGUGAACUUGAGACGACAUAAAUCUUUGAUAAUAGAAAACUACGAAACCGAUGCUGUCAUCGAGGAUAAAUGAUCAGUUUUGAGGUUGAAUAUAAAUACAUUUUAUUGAUUAAAACGCAUGUAAAUAAAUCACUCCCCUCCAAGUUCA